AAAAAAUAGUAAUAAAUAUAAUAUUUAUAUGACAGUUGAUAGAAAUAAUAUUUAAACCUUCUUUCUAGAAAUUAAAAUUGAACAAUUUUUAAUGUUUAUAGAAAAUGAUGCGCAUAAAGUGGAUUGAAAAUAUGUUAGAACUCAAGAGUAAAAGAACAUUAUUAGAAAAAAGAUAUGUUUUUCCUCAAAUGUGUUCUACCUUAAGAUAUAGUAUCUCUUCAAAGAAAAAUGACACAAUUAAAAAUAAAAAUGAUGUUGAUGAUGAUGAUAUUGAAAGAGCAAAGCCUAUAAAAUAUUCAACAUCUAAAGCAUCAAAAUUUCUUUCUGGAGAUAUAUCAAAAAAUUUUCCACCAUAUCAAGAUACAGUUAUAGUAACAUGUCUUGCUAUCUUUUUAUUAUAUUUUUGUGUUUUGAGAGAAGAAAAUGAUAUUGAUGAUGCUAUGGUAAAGAAUAUACCACCAGAAAUUUUAGAACAAGUAUAUGGAAAACAAAAGGAAUAAAGGAAUGUUAAAUAAAUUUCUAAAAUU